AUGGUCAAGAUCAGAACUUCGUUGGUGGUGCUACUGUCGCUCUGCGCCUGUUGUCUGGCCCAGUAUCAGUAUCCACAGCAGCGCCCAUCCCCAUCCUCGGGAACUGGAGCCCAGCCCACGGGUGGACAGGUGGAUAACCGCAUUUUGGGAAAUCUGCUUGGCGGCGGAGGUCUUUUUGGAGGAGGCGGCGGUGGCGGAGGCGGCCUCUUUCCCAACAUCUUGGGCCUUUUGGGCGGCAACCGACCUCAACCACAAGUAGUGCCUCAGCCCUACCCAGUUCCAGUUCCCUACGGUGGAGGUUAUGGAGGCGGUGGAUAUCCCCCCGUCUUUGGUGGCGGCUACACUGGAGGCCUGGGAGGCGGUUUUCCUGGUGGCGGCUUUGGCGGUGGAUUCGGCAAUCCCUACGGCGGCGGUUAUUAUGGCUAA